AUGGAACCCACCCUGGCGGUUCCCACCCCAUAUGACUGUAUUGGCUGUAAACGGCCUCAGCCGGACUACCCACCGGCUCUGGUCACCUUUAUGUUCUGUGUGAUGGUCAUCACCAUCGUCGUAGAUCUGAUCGGCAAUUCCAUGGUCAUCUUGGCUGUAUCAAAGAACAAGAAGCUCCGAAAUCCUGGCAACAUCUUCGUGGUCAGCCUCUCUGUCGCCGACAUGCUGGUGGCGAUCUACCCCUAUCCGAUGAUGCUGCACGCCAUGGCCGUUGGGGGCUGGGACCUGAGCCAGCUCCAGUGUCAGAUAAUUGGGUUCAUGACCGGGCUGAGCGUGGUCGGUUCCAUCUUCAACAUCAUGGCCAUCGCCAUUAACCGCUACUGCUACAUCUGCCAUAGCCUGCAGUAUGAACGACUCUUCAGCAUGCGUAUCACUUGCAUCUACCUGGUGGUCACGUGGUUCAUGACCAUCCUGGCCGUCCUGCCCAACAUGUAUGUUGGCACCAUCCAGUACGACCCUCGUACCUACACCUGCGUCUUCAGCUACAUGACCAACCCUGUCUUCGCAGUGACCAUCGUCGGCGUCCACUUCGUGCUCCCACUGCUCAUCGUGGGAUUCUGCUACAUUCAGAUCUGGGCCAAAGUGCUGGCAGUCCGGGCGGCGGCGGCCGGGCAGAACCCUGACAAUCAGUUGGCUGAGGUGCGCAAUUUCCUAACCAUGUUUGUCAUCUUCCUCCUCUUUGCAGUGUGCUGGUGCCCUGUCAACGCGCUCACUGUGCUGGUGGCGGUCAGCCCGAAGGGGGUGGUAGACAAGAUCCCCGACUGGCUAUAUCUUGCUGCCUACUUCAUAGCCAACAUCAACAGCUGCCUCAACGCUGUGAUCUAUGGGCUCCUCAAUGAGAAUUUCCGAAGAGAAUACUGGCUAGUCUUCCAUGCAAUUCGGCACCCUGUCCUCUUCCUCUCUGGCCUCAUCACUGACAUCCGUGAAGCCAGGGAAGCCCGUGCCCUUGCCCAUGCCCGUGCCCUCGCCCGAGACCAAGUCCGUGAGCAACCCCUUCCCUGCCCUGCUGUGGAGGGAACGCCAGUGAGUGUCCGCAAUGUCCCACUUCCUGGUGAGGUGGCAGCUGGCCCGGCUGACCAUGCCUCUGGCCACCCCAGGCUGGUCUCUAGUAACCCUAAGUCUGCCUUGGGUCACUCCAAGUCUGCGCUGGACCACAAGUCUGUCAUGGGCCACUCCAAAUCUGUCGCGGGCCACGUCAAGGCAGCCACCGUUUACCCUAAGCCUCCCUCUGUCCACUUCAAGGGUGACUCUGUCCACUAUAAGCCUGUCCCCAGCCACCCCAAGCCUGUUACUGGCCACCACUUCCCUGCUGGUAGCCACUCUAAGCGUGUCUUUAGCCCUGCCACCAGCCCCUCUAAACCUGCAGUGGUGGCUGACUACCCUGAGAUCACCACCCCCUUCCACCAUGGCAGCACUGGCCACCUGGAAUCUGACAUCACUGAGCCUAGCUCUAGCUCCAGCACUGGGUCCCCAGGGCCCCCUGCCAGCCAGCCAGAGCCUGUCCUCGCGGCUGGCCUUCCUGAGAUUGUGGUUAUUGAUGUAGAAGGUGAUUCUGAUGAAGUGGCUGUGUGA